UGCUAAGAUCUCUGGACUAAUAUGGAGGCUUUGAAACUGUGCUUUGUUCUGCUUCUGCCACAGACUGUGUGUUUUGAGAAUGAAGUGAUUCUUGUGAAGACAGUCGGGACGGAAACAGAUGUUACUCCAUUAUGCACCAAUGAAACACUUGACCUGAUAGCAUGUAAGAUGAGACCAGAGAGGAUGGGAGGAGAAGAGUGUCGUCUGCUGUAUCAAUAUGGACACAACUUCAUUAAUGAAUGUGGCUCCAAGUUCAAUCUUGUGACAAUAAAUCAGACUGUGUUUCUGCACCUGAGCAGUUUAACACCAGCUGAUGGAGGAAAAUACACAUGUGAGUGUGUUAAUCUCAGCGGAACAUUUACUUACCACCUCAACAUCACAGUGGAAGAAAAUGAAGCAGGCAGUUUUACAGAAGACACAUUUCCUCGUGCUUGGGUUGGUGUGGUUGUGUUCUUCGCUGUAACUUCGGCUAUUCUGGGAUUUUUCUACAAAAAGCUACAUCACCGCAUUACUCCGAUUUCUCUUCAUAUUCAAAGUGUCUGUUUGAGGUCAGACACUCCGGACUCUUUUGAUGAAGCUGACCCAGAUGAGACAUACACAAGCCUUCAGCAGCCAGACGGUGAGCUGUACCACACCAUCUUCCCAGCUCGUCAUCGACAUGACGCAGAGAGAAACUCAGCAGGCAGAGCUGCAACUUUUAGCCAGAAUUCCAAUCAAAUGAAUCCAAACUGCGAAAUCUAUGAAAACAUUUAAACCAAAAGUCUCACAAAGUUCAGAAUGUGAUAUGUAUGAUGUUGAGUUGCCUUAAACACUGCUUGUGAUUCUUUAUUAGUCUGCAAAGAUGUCACAUUGUUCUUUUUGUGAAGAUUUUUUCACCAGCAUGGAGACCUUAGAAGUCUUUUGGUACUUUCAUGGUCCUGCUUCCAGCAUGUGAGAUAGAAAUAAUUAAUAAUCAACAGUCUUAGUCUUGUUCCGGUACAUUCUAAGACACUUAUCACUGAACACACUGUUGUUUCCUCAUUGUGUUGUUAUGAGAAUGUGAAGAAAUGUCCGUCCAGCAGCUUCUGAAGCAUUCCUCUGUGGACCAUCAGCUCCAACGGCUCCAGUUAUCCUCAGCACAGAACCAGCUUUAUUAAUCAGUUUGUGCUUGAAGUCUCUGGCUCUGAUGCUGCUGCUGGCCCAACAGAUGGCUGCGAAGCAGCACGUCCACGACACAUCGGUGGAAGGAUCUUAUCUUCCUCCAGAAUCUGCUCUGUCCGUUACUGUAGACGGCUUCUGUGUUGCAUUUCCAGUCUAGUCUGCUGGAACAGGUUUUUGCUAAGUUGCACCACCAUGUUGACUGUUUUGUACAAAGCAGCUAAGAUUUGACAGAUUUAUAUUUUUAACAACCUGUUUAUUUUGUCUAAUUUGAUCCGUUAUUGGUUGUUAACGCACUUGGUUUUCUAUCUAUUUAACUGUUUUCAUGUACAACAUGCUGUGACUGUGAAAAGUGCU